GCCCGUGGCCAAAAUUCUCAGAUGCCCUCCAGUCCAGCACCAGCAGAUCCAGAUGAGCAACUCCAGUCCGAGGCUUCGCAGCGUGGAUCUCUAGCAACCCCGAGGAAUGCGAGGUUUCAGACAACUUCCACGCAGUCUCCUCUCUUCUUCCGCUCCUCGCCUGCAAAUCCUUCGGGUUCAGGAGCUGCAAAUGGCGCCGAUGAGAGUGACGGCGGUGCGACUCCAAAGGCAUCAGCCAUGAAUAUGGGAGACUCUUCGCCCAUUCACUAUGCCUCCAGCUCCAGCCCUGGCCGAGCCCGCAAUGCGCAAAGCAAUGUCCCGGGCAGUAGCAGCAGCGCCCUGUUCGUCCGUGGUUCCGAGUCUGCAGCCCGUAGUCGACGCAAUGACGUUCAUUCUGAUGUCUUUGGAACUGGCGUUACCAAUCGCCGCCGUACAUUGUUCGUCGACGAGAAUGGCAUGCCGGUCCAGGAGGCCUCGGACGCUGCAACUUUCUCCAAUAUCAACCCGGAUACUUCAGACGCCGACGUUCUGGGCGGGAGCUCUUCGCGAGUCAUUUGGGGAACCAAUGUGUCUCUUGUGGAUGCCCGCCAUGCGAUGAGGGACUUUCUCAUGAACUUCCAAAAGAAAUAUCGCAUGAUCCAGGACGGCGAGCUGGAGGAAGACAUGAAUAUUCCGCCAAACCACCCUGGCAACACUCGCGAGUACGUUGAUCUCAUGAAGAUGAUGCUCGAGCUUGGUGUCACGCCGUUGAACUUGGACGCCCGCAACCUAAAGGCCUAUCCGCCCACGAGGAAGCUUUGGCACCAAUUGCAAGCGUAUCCCAACGAAAUCAUCCCCAUCAUGGAUGUUGCAAUCAAGGACACCAUGCUUGAACUCGCUGAGAAGCGAAUGGCGGAGAUGCGAACGCAGCUUUCCCAACAACAACGGGGCGGUCAGCCCAGAGCUCGGGACUCUAGCUCUUUGCCACCAAUGAUGAGCUCCGAUGCACCUACUCCUGGUGCUCCGUCCCCUGCUCCGUUUGCCGACAUCCCCAAUUUGGUCAGCGAAGUAGAUCAAAAGAUCUACAACGUGAGGCCAUUCGGGCUGGACAAGACGAUCAACUUGCGCGAGCUUAAUCCUGGAGACAUGGAUAAGCUUGUCAGUGUGAAGGGGCUAGUCAUCAGGACUACACCAAUCAUUCCCGACAUGAAGGAUGCCUUCUUCCGCUGCUCUGUCUGUAACCAUACCGUCAGGGUGGACAUUGACCGCGGUAAGAUUACUGAGCCCACCAAAUGUCCUCGCACGGUGUGUGAGUCGCCCAACUCGAUGCAAAUUGUGCACAACCGCUCUGGAUUCGCAAACAAACAAGUCAUCAAGCUGCAAGAGACCCCAGACGAUAUGCCGGAUGGCCAGACACCGCAUUCAGUUUCUCUUUGCGCAUACGAUGAACUUGUAGAUGUCUGCAAAGCCGGUGACCGUGUAGAAAUUACUGGUAUUUUCAAAUGCAACCAGGUCCGCAUCAACCCACGACAGCGGUCGGUCAAGAACAUCUUCAAGACCUACGUCGAUGCUCUGCAUAUUCAAAAGGUCGAUAAAAAGCGAUUGGGCAUUGAUGUAUCGACCAUAGAGGAAGAGCUUGCUGAGCAUGCGGCUGGUGAUUUGGAAGAAACACGCAAGGUCACUGAAGAGGAGGAAGAGAAGAUCAAGGCGACCGCCGCCCGUCCGGACAUCUACGAGCUGUUGUCCCGGUCGCUUGCCCCUAGUAUCUACGAGAUGGAUGACGUCAAGAAGGGUAUCCUCCUUCAGCUGUUUGGUGGCACCAACAAGCAGUUUGAAAAGGGCGGUAGUCCAAAGUACCGAGGCGACAUCAACGUCUUGCUCUGUGGUGAUCCAUCCACAGCCAAGUCCCAGAUUUUACAAUAUGUUCACAGGAUCGCACCGCGCGGCGUGUACACAUCUGGAAAGGGCUCGUCCGCUGUCGGUUUGACUGCAUACGUCACUCGUGACCCCGAGACUCGACAGCUGGUGCUUGAAUCUGGAGCUCUCGUACUGUCUGACGGUGGCGUGUGCUGCAUUGAUGAGUUUGACAAGAUGUCAGAAGCUACUCGGUCCGUCCUGCACGAAGUGAUGGAGCAGCAGACUGUCUCUAUUGCCAAAGCUGGUAUCAUCACCACGCUGAACGCCCGCACAUCUAUUCUGGCAUCUGCCAACCCCAUUGGCUCCAAGUACAACGUCAACCUCCCAGUGCCGCAAAACAUCGAUCUCCCACCGACGUUGCUGUCACGUUUCGAUCUCGUUUAUCUCGUCUUGGACCGCAUUGACGAGCAGAACGACCGCCGCAUGGCGCGGCACUUGGUCGGCAUGUACCUUGAAGACACGCCCGAGAAUGCCGCGAAGAACGAAGUCUUGCCAAUCGAGUUCUUGACGGCUUAUAUCUCCUAUGCACGCACCAACAUUCACCCAAAGAUCACUGAGCCUGCAUCGAAAGCGCUCGUAGAUGCAUACGUCGCCAUGCGCGCACUGGGUGCCGAUGUCCGCUCGCACGAACGAAGAAUCACAGCGACCACUCGUCAGCUCGAAUCGAUGAUCCGUCUAUCGGAAGCUCAUGCAAAGAUGCGUCUCUCCGAAGAGGUCACAGCCGAUGACGUGCACGAAGCUGUCCGCCUCAUCAAGUCGGCGCUCAAGCAGGCAGCUACGGAUGCACGCACGGGACUGAUUGAUAUGUCGCUCUUGACAGAGGGCACCUCAACCGGCGACCGGCGUAGAAAGGAGGACCUCAAGCGUGCAGUCAUGGCUACGCUCGAUGAGCUUGGUUCUGCUGGCCAGAGUGUGCGAUUGAGCGACCUCAUGAAGAAGGUUCGAGAGGGAGCCAGUGAACAGGUAGAAAACCAAGAGUUCCUUGAGGUGCUACGAACGGCGGAGCUAGAAGGAGCUGUGCAAAUCACGGGCGAGGGUAUGCGGAGGACAGUCAAGAAGGUUGUUGGUACUUUUUAGUCUGCCAACGUAGCACCGGCGUUCAGUGUCACUAUUACAGGAUUGGCAUUCCCCACGACGUGAUGAUAUGAUGGCAAAGAGAUGUGCGUAACCUAGCCUAUGUUUCGUCGCUAUUUACGGUUGAGUAGAUGAACAUGAUAUCCUUGUUUCCU